AUGAGCAUGAAUUUUUCAUUCCAGACUCACAUUUUCCUUCUGAUGCUUACAUUUUUAUUGAAACCCGGAAACGCCUCCAUUCAUGUCUACAACCAAGAAUCCUUGAAAGAAGUAGGAAAUUCUUAUCUUCUAUCCGGUGGAAGCGAAGGCAUUUCCUCCUCCUCCCAUGCCCGCUCUUUCAUCCGGUUUGAGAAUGUGAGUUUCUGGAGGCCCAAAUCGGCGGCAAAAAGCAGAGGAUUAAUACAGGUUGUGGUUUUUGAGGCAGCUGAUAGGAAUAACAUUGGUGGGUCUGCUUAUGGCGGACAGAGAUCAAUAUGUUGUACCUCUGAUCUUGCUAAGCUUCAAGGGUGUAAACAAGGUGAGGUUAUUAGGAUACCUUCUGCCGCUGAUGUGAAUUGGCCCAUUAUUCUAAAUCUACAUUUCAGUCGUAAUUCUUUGUCUACAAGUAUUAAAAAUCAGGAGGAGGUUAGCAUAUCCAAGACUGGAAUGUAUAACUUGUUCUUUAUUGCUUGUGAUCCAAAACUCAAAGGAGUAGUAAUGAGUGGCAAGACUGUUUGGAAGAAUUCUGAUGGUUAUUUGCCUGGUAGGAUGGCACCUUUGAUGAGGUUUUACGUGUUUAUGUCGUUUGUGUAUUUCGUGCUUGCUGUUAUUUGGUUCACCCAGUACAUCAGGUUUCGGAAAGAUAUACUGCAACUUCAACAUUGUAUCUCGGCGGUUGUUGGUUUAGGACUGUUUCAGAUGAUUCUCUGGUAUUGUGAGUAUGCCAAUUUUAACCGCACUGGAAUGAGGCCAGUUGUGCUUACUACUUGGGUUGUCACUGUUGGAGCUGUAAGGAAAACAAUUGCUCGCCUUCUUGUACUCUGUGUUUCUAUGGGGUAUGGUGUUGUGAGGCCUACUCUUGGUGGUCUUACCUCGAAGGUGCUUCUUCUUGGAAUCACUUAUUUCUUGGCAUCUGAGUUGCUUGAUAUCACUGAGUAUGUGGGGACUAUUAAUGAUCUAUCAGGGAGAGCAAGAUUGUUUUUAGUACUUCCGGAUGCCUUGCUCGAUGCAUUUUUAAUAUUGUGGAUUUUUACUUCUCUUUCACGAACAUUAGAGCAGUUACAGGCAAAAAGAAGUGCUGUUAAGUUGGAUAUCUAUAGGAAGUUCUCAAACGCGUUGGCUGCUGUAGUGUUUGCUUCUGUUGCUUGGAUAGCAUAUGAGCUUUACUUCAAAGCAACAGACCCAUUCAGCGAGCGGUGGCAGAGUGCUUGGAUCAUCACUGCUUUCUGGGACAUUCUUGCAUUUGCGUUGCUCUGUGUUAUCUGCUAUCUGUGGGCUCCAUCUCAAAGCUCUCAAAGGUAUGCCUACUCUGAAGAAUUAGGAGAAGAAUUUGAUGAAGAAGAAGCUCAAUCCCUGACCAGAGAAAAGCCAGCUGGUGACAUCAGUUUAGUUGAAAAGAAAGAGAAGAGUCUUGGAGGCACUCAUGUUUUCGACGAAGAGGGUGAGGCCGAAGAGGAUAAGAGAGAAUGA